UUCGAAUAUUACUUAAAUGCGUUUUACGUUCUCAAAAUCUAUAUUCCGCCGACCAGUUCAAUUUCACCCACCGUCGCUAGAAGAGAGAGGGCGACAGCGAGAGCGAGAGAGAUGACAACAAUUCGAAGAUUUUGCUGCGAUGAUCUUCUACGAUUCUCUUCUGUAAAUCUCGAUCAUCUCACAGAAACUUUUAACAUGUCAUUCUAUAUGACCUACUUGGCACGCUGGCCUGAUUAUUUCCAUGUCGCCGAAGCUCCAGGAAACAGAGUUAUGGGAUACAUUAUGGGUAAAGUUGAAGGGCAAGGUGAGUCAUGGCAUGGUCAUGUCACAGCAGUUACAGUAGCUCCAGAAUUCCGCAGGCAGCAGUUGGCUAAGAAACUAAUGAACCUACUAGAAGACAUAAGUGACAAGAUUGACAAGGCCUACUUUGUGGACCUGUUUGUAAGAGCAUCAAAUACACCAGCUAUAAAGAUGUAUGAAAAGCUUGAGUACGUGAUUUAUAGACGUGUGUUACGUUACUAUUCUGGGGAAGAAGAUGGGUUAGAUAUGAGGAAAGCUUUAUCUCGGGAUGUAGAAAAGAAGUCUAUAAUCCCACUCAAGAGGCCAGUUACCCCUGAUGAACUCGAGUAUGACUAGGUUGGGUUCUAAUUUAAAUUUGCUAAUUUGUGCUUGAUGGUAACUUUUAUUAUGAUUCUCAAUUCGAGUCUUUGAACAUGCAUGAAAAUACCGCAAUGCUUGAAUUCAGUUCCUUUUUUUUUUUUUUUGGUGGAAUGCCAUGAUACCCCAAG